UGUAGCAUCUUAGAGAGCCAGUGUGGCUGGUAGACAGGCAGAGGGGGGAAUCGCCAGAAUCUGGGAUAUAUUUGGGAAAAAGGGCAGUCGGUGGGCGAACCGGUAGAAAUCCCCGGCGGAGCCUUGACCAACACACCGUGGAGACCUCUACUCCUCCCCGCUGCUGGGUGCGUUUUUUCCUCCCGGGAAUCUCCUUGGGAUCUGGAUCCGCACAGGUGACUGAAUCAGUCGUCUUGUAGCUGUGCUGAGCUGUUUGCAGACCAAAGAUGGAUCAGCUUUCAGAUGAGGAGGUGGAGGUCAGGGGGGAGGAGGAUGAAGAAGAGGAGGAUAGCGAUAAGGAUGACCAGGACCUGGAUAAGAUGUUUGGAGCCUGGCUGGGAGAGCUGGACAAGCUCACACAGAGCUUGGAUGAUGGUCGUCCAGAAGGCGCCCCUCAACAGAAAGCUCCGCUCAGACAGGAGACCAACAUGGCAAACUUCUCAUACAGAUUCUCCAUCUACAACAUCAACGAGGCCCUGAAUCAAGGGGAGAAUGUGGACCUCAAUGCCCUUAUGGCUGAUCUCUCAUCCAUUGAGCAGGAGCUCAGCACCAUUAAUACCAAGUCCAGCAGCAGCAGUAUGGCCCGGCUGGGUCUUACAGACACCAAGGUCCGACAGAAGCCCCCCGCUGGGCGCAGCGGCAGGCAGCAGUCAACAGGGGGCAGCGGUGGCGGUGUUGGUAACAGCGUGUCCGGUGGAGGUGGCAGCAGCGGGGCGAGCAGCAGCAGCAGCACCAGAGCAUCUCCGGCCGGCACUAUCAGAACUCCAAGCGGACAUCAGGGGAGACCGCAGCUGGCUUCCAAUUUCAGCCUGGAUGACAUCACGUCUCAGCUGGAGAAGGCAUCUCUCAGUAUGGAUGAAGCUGCUCGGCAGACAUCCUCCCACUCUCUUAGCUCCACCUCCUCCUACAAGUCAGCCUCAGUGCGACGGCCGGGAUCUUCUCAGCGCCAACAUCGACGCACGGGAUCAGUGGGCACGGUCAGCGAGCAUGAGGUGCGGUCGUUCGUCCACUCCUCCCGCUCAUCCGUCACCUCGGCAUCCGGCAUCUCUGUUAACUCCGCCUCCUCCAUGGAUUCACUGGACAGCGUCCUCCACUCCGAAUCCGACGGCCCGCUGCCUUCAGGCGAGGGCUCCAGUCAGGGCCAUCCCAUUGCAGAGCACUCCUAUCUGGACAGGGAAACCUCUCUGAUUCUGAGAAACAUUGCAGGAAAGCCCUCCCACCUGCUGACCAAGGAGGAGCAGGCUGCCAAGCUAAAGGCGGAGAAUAUCCGGGUAGCUUUGGAGAAGAUCAAGGAGGCACAGGUGAAAAAGCUGGUGAUUCGUGUUCAUCUGUCAGAUGAGAGCUCAAAGACCAUGAUGGUGGAUGAGAGACAGACCGUCAGACAGGUUCUGGACAGUCUGCUGGAUAAAUCUCACUGUGGUUACAGUCCGGACUGGUCUCUGGUGGAAACCAUCACAGAGCUGCAGAUGGAGCGGAUCUUCGAGGACCAUGAGAACCUGGUGGAGAACCUGUUGAACUGGACUAGAGACAGUCAGAACCGCCUCAUGUUCACCGAGCGCAUUGAGAAGUACGCCCUGUUCAAAAACCCACAGAACUACUUACUGGGGCGGAAGGAGACGUGCCAGAUGGCAGAGAGGAACAAAGAAGCUCUGUUAGAGGAGUGUUUUGGAGGCAGCUCGGUGUCUGUCCCUGAGAUGGAGGGAGUGCUGUGGCUGAAAGAGGACGGCAAGAAGUCAUGGAAGAAACGCUACUUCCUGCUCAGGGCAUCUGGCAUCUACUACGUCCCGAAGGGCAAGGCCAAGACCUCCAGGGACCUGGUGUGUUUCCUCCAGCUGGAUCACGUCAAUGUUUACCUGGGUCAUGACUACAAGAGCAAGUACAAGGCUCCUACAGACUACUGCAUGGUGCUAAAGCACCCUCAGAUCCAGAAGAAGUCUCAGUAUAUAAAGUACCUUUGCUGUGAUGACAUCAGAACCCUCCAACAAUGGAUCAACAGUGUUCGCAUCGCAAAGUAUGGGAAGCAGCUGUACAUCAACUUCCAGGAGGCCAUGAGAAGAACAGAGGCAGCCUACGAUUGGUCCUCCCUCUCCUCCUCUUCCAUGAAGUCUGGAUCCAGCUCUUCCAGCCUUCCAGAAUCCCAGUCCAACCACUCCAGCCAAUCAGACAGCGGCGUCUCCGAGCUGGCAUCAUCAGGACACACCCGCUCCCAGAGUGUGGUCAGCUCCAUCUUCUCUGACGCCUGGAGGAGAGGAACGCAGGGAGAGAUGAUGAAGAUGGACCCCAUCAGUAGACCCAUCCCUGUUCAGAUCCCCAGCCUCUCCCCCCAGCCCCAGACUCCUCCCUCCCGGAGCAGCUACACUGAUGGGUUUGUUCCAUGCGAGGACUCCUCCUCCUCUCCAUCCCCGCCCUCACCUCCACCCCCUCUGCCCUCCAUGGCGAGCGUGGCCCAUCAAGCGGCACCUCCUUCCUCCUACGUGAAGUACAGCACUCUGGCUCGUCUGCAAAGUCAGAACCAGCCCAGGAUACAACAGGCAGGCGGCACUGGUCCGGUUUCCCUACCCGUGCAGAGCUACAACACCCUUCCAGCAACCUACGGCACCUCCCCUCCAUCCCCCCCACCUCCUCCCCCACCCACAAUGCCAGAUCCUGGCUCCGCCAUGGCUGCUCUGAAGUUUGGUCCACCGAGCCCCAACUCUCUGCCGCCGCCACCUCUGUCAGAGGAGGAGGUACAGGAGCCUCACUGUCUCCCACCUCCUCCUCCAGAGGGCCUUGAAACCAACGGGGAGCCCCCUCCUCCUCCUCUGGAGCCCCUCCCUAACCCCUGCCCUCAACUCUCCAACGCAGGCCUGCAGCAGUUCUUGUCGCAGAAGUUUCCCAACAUGGUUUACGACUUCAGCCCAGCAUCACUACAGGACGGUUCUCCCCCACCUCCUCCACCUCCCACCGAACUUUCUCCCCCAGCUUCACUCCAAGCUGUCCGGCCUCUGUCCCCUAACGCUCCCCCACCUGCGCCUCCCAAAACCUUCUCUGGAGUGUUCCCCCCACUGACUGCGCCCAAACCUUCAGGCCCCUCCUCCCUCCCCAUCGCCCUCUCCCCUAUCUCUCCCAACCAGCCACUUCCUGGACACUGUCCUGUCAGAAAGCAGCAGAGCUUCUCUACAGGGCACUCCCCAAAUCAGCCCCCUCCCACUCUUCCCAAGCAGCACAGCCUCUCCUCCAAAAACCUGGCCAUCUCUCCCUCCUCCUCUAAUGCUAUCUCCAUCGCGGCUGCUACCUCAUCUUUGGUCAAACAAAUCGUCAAUCAGUUCCCAGGAAAUGCCUCCUUUCUGCCUGCCUCCAGCUCUGCCCCUCAGUCACCUCCUGCUGUGAAGGCCAAACCAAAGUGGCAAGUAGGUGGUGUCACAGCUCCACAAUCCCCAGAAUUCCCCCCACCUCCUCCUGACAGCUCCAUAGGUGAUUUUCCUCCUCCUCCCUCUUCCUCCUCCUCCUCGAAGACCGACUCGCCCAUUAAAAAGUCACCCUCCACCUCAUCCACAGGAUCCACCAAGCGUGGGCCUCCACCCACCCCACAAAGAGCCUCCUCCAUGAAGGACACUCAGGAUGAGAGGCCCAAGAAGGUAGAGAGCCUGUUGAGUAAAUUUGGCCAAGCCCCUCAGACAGGAACAUCAUCAAGCUCCUCCUCAGCAACAGGUUCUCCUUCCAAAGACUCCACCGCUCUUCCUGCUCCGCUCCCCAAGCCAGGGAAGCUGAACCUGGCCAACCUGCCGCUGGUGAUCCAAGGACUGCAAACAGGCCAGCAACAUCAGCCCGACUUCCCAUCUCCUCCUCCUCCACCUCCACCCAACCAGCAUCUCGACUCAUCAUCUGACUACUUCCCUCCUCCCCCGAGCGAGUUGGAGCUGUUCCCUCCCCCGCCUCACCCCUCAGAGUUCCACCACCCUCCAAAGGUUGCAGUGGUGAACCCGCAGCCUCAGAUGCAGCCUCCCCCGCAAUCAGCAACAUGCACCUUCUCUUCAUCCUCCUUGUCAUCAUGGAAACAAGGCUCUGUGAAAAAGGGGGCGGUGCCCCCUCCGGCGAUGAACCGGCGUAGUAGCAACACUGCACAGUACGACAACACAAUCUCACUGCCUCUCUCGCCACCUCCUCUGUCUCAAACCCCGCCACCCUCCCUCUCUUCUUACUCCUCCUCCUCUCCUAUACCCCCUACCUCCCCAAAAUCUGCAAGCCCUGGCUCCCUGGCACUCAAGCCUCACUUCCUCGAGGAUCUCAACCGCACACUGAAGAGAAAGUCAGUGUCCCGCCACGGCUCCCUCACCUCCACCCACCUGAUCUCCUCCUCCAAGAUGGAGCCCGUGGGCACCAUGGACGACAUGGCACUCCUCCCGCCUCCUCCCCCUGAGCUCCUGCCGCAGCAGGGGGUCCGGGGACACUCCCACACUUUGUCGCGGCACCAUGGGCGCUCUCAAUCAGCCAAACAUGGCAACAUCUCAGGCUAUGCAACACUGCGGCGAGGCCCGCCUCCUGCUCCACCCAAACGGGAUCAAAGCACCAAACUGACCAGUGAGUGGUAGGAGGCAGCGACUCUGGCUGUUGCUCACAAACAGAACUGACCAAUUAGGUCCCAUUGUCCCUGCGGAGAGGACAAAUACCCAUCUCUCCUUAGUCCCAAAACAUUGGCCCUCGAAUUCCAAGCAAGUAGCAAACCGUAUUUCCUACUUCUAAUCUCAGAAUAAUCCUCAUUAUUUCCACCGUUACAUGUUUAAUCCAACAUGAGUAACAAUAUAAAUAUAUAAAUAUAUAUGUAUAUAGUUAGCAAGAUGGAAAAUCACCUCUCCAGCUUUUUUUCAUGUCUGUGCAGCUUUGCAUUGAAACAUACUAAAGACUUGAAGUGACCUUUAGCUGAAAUAUACCAGGUACUGCAUGGACCGAGGAUACGGAUGGAGAGAUCAGUGGAAGGGACCAGGGAAGAGGAAGGCCGACGACAACGAUAAUGAUGAUGAUGAUGUGCAUAGAAGUGUAUAUUGUGAGAGCUGUGUGGGGAAGUGUGUGUGGGGGGGGCAUCCUAGAUGGAGCAUUGCCAUUUCUUUCACCCUUUUUUGUGUGUUUUUAUAUCAAAUAAUUUAAUACUGGAAAAAUAUUGUAAUAAUUAUUUUGAAUUUUAAGAAGUGUAAAAAGAGAGUGAGUUUGAGCGGAUGUUCGACUAUUUUCUCCAAGCCCCUGGAUGGCCAGAGUCGCUUGGUUUCAUCUGAUCGUCUGCUGAUCUGUUGGUAGGAAGACAGAGGCUGGGUGUUCUGACAGGAGACGGCCCUUUGUCUUUGUUCAAACGGCAAGACCGUGCUCAGCUGAAUUAUUCAGGCCCCUUGAAGUUUUUCACAUUUCCGUCAUGUAACAAAGCACACCCUUCAGUGUUUUCAUCAGGAUUUAAUGUGAUAGACCGAGACAAAGGAGUGCAUAGUUGUGAAGUGAAAGUAAGGUUAUGGUUUUCAAUAUUCUUUCCAAAUCAAAACAUUUGGGAUGCAUUUUGUGUUCAGUGCCCCUGCCUCAAGACUUUGUAGAACUACAUUUUGCUGGAGUUACAGAGGUGAGGAAUGUUUUUCCCAGUGCUGCAGGUCUACAGGGGGGAAACGUUGCCCAUUGUUGACAAGAGUUUUUUAGGUAUUUUUUCUGAGUUUAGGUCAAUCUAUCCCAUCAUUCUGGCUUACCUUCCUGUCCCUGCAGGAGAAAAAACAGCCAACCCCACAGCAUGACAUUGCCCCCCACCGGGUUUCAAUGUGUUUUCAGGGCGAUGUGCUGGGUUAGUUUUCUGCCACACAUUGCAUGUUGGCUGUGUUGCCCACAUGGCUUGUGGCAAAGCUGGUGGCUUUACUCUCUCCACUCCUCCAUAAGAGUCAGACUGGUGGAAAGCCUAACCCAGAGGUCAUAACAACAGUUCCUCCCACCUGAGCUGUGGAUCUCCAAGCUCCUCCAGAGUUACUGUGGGUUUCUUGGCUGUUUCUCUCAUCAGUGUCUUUUCAGAUGGAGGUGUGUGUCCUAGUAGGUCUGCAGGCGGUCCUCUCUCCAUGCCCAAUUGAUGGAUUGCACAGAACUCUGGGAGAUAUUUAGAGCUUGGAAGAUUAUUUUAGAACUGAACCCCUGCUUUUAAUGGAACCAGAACUUCCUUCCUGACCUGUCCCCUGAGUUCCUUGGUCUUCAUGAUGCUCUUUAUUCACUCAAGGCCUCCAUAGAACAGCUGGAUUUAGACGACAAUAGAUGACUUCUGAAUGCAGAGUUGCUCUGGCUUUUAUUUAGAUGCAUCAGAGCAAAAUCAGAUGAAUACAUAUCCUGCUACUUCACUGUUAUGCAUUACGUUAUGUUCUGUUGCAUUAAAUCCCAGAAAACCUG